AUGGCACCUACUAAACCAACAACGACAAAAGCUAGUAAACCAAAACCUUCUCGUGAUAAUAUCCUUGAUACGGCAGUUUUAGAAAAAUUUCUUCAUGAUAAAAUUAAAAUUAAUAAUCGUACAGGACAAUUAGGUGAUGCGGUAGUAAUAACUCGUAAUGCUGACGAUAAACAUAAAAUUACCAUAACAACAAAUUCGCAUUUGUUUUCCAAGCGAUAUAUUAAGUAUCUUACCAAAAAAUUCAUGAAGAAAAAUCGUAUUCGUGAUUGGUUACGUGUAGUUGCUACUGAUAAAUGA